AUGGAUGAUGCACUAUGGGUGUAUAAGACAGCCUAUAAAAUUCCCAUUGGUACCUCUUUUUAUCGCUUGGUUUAUGGCAAGGUUAAUCACUUGCAUGUGGAGCUUGAGCAUCAAGCUUGUUGGGCUGUAAAGAAGUUGAAUCUUUAUAUAAAGGCUACUGAAGAGAAGAGAUUGUUCCAACUAAAUGAGCUUGAUAAGUUUCGCUUACAUGCCUAUGAGAAUGCGAGAUUAUAUAAAGAAAGGACCAAAAGAUGGCAUGAUAAGCAUAUCGUAACUCAAAAUUUUAAGCUGGGACAACUUGUGCUAUUAUUCAAUGCUAGGUUGAAGUUGAGGUCCAACUGGUCUAGGCUAUUUGAAGUUGUGAGAAUGACUCCACAUGAAGUUUUUGAACUUUGGACCAAGAACAAGAGUGAAAAACUCUUGGUGAAUGGUCAGAGAGUAAAGCAUUAUUGGGCAGAUCAUGGGGAUCAGCACAAUAUGUGCACCACCUUUGCAGAUGAGUGA